AUGAAUAUCAACAUUUUUAAAUCCGAACCUGAUUGCGUCGAUCCUUCUUUGAACGAGGACAGCGGUUUGGCAGCUGCUUAUGACCUCGUUUUGGAACAUGGUGAUAGUUUUGAUGACCUGACACCGGAGUCUCGAACAGGUACGUGUUUGAAAUUGGCUUUUGUUUGUUUGCACUACUACAUUAUUGGUGAACAUGAUCAUGGAACGUUUGAUCAGCAUCCACAGUGGACGUCCGCGGACAGUGAGACAGUGCGCAACUGCUGGACACCGAUCGUGGCCGCUUCUGCUCCAAUAGACAACUCGCAGUUGUCCCUUUCGGUCAAUGUGAAUGUUCCGUCCAACAGAGUAGUAGCCAAGCCGAACUCCGAGCGUCCCAAACAAUCCUAUGGGGUUCCGGGUCGGCAUCCCAACCGAAAAACUGGUACCACAAACUGCGAAUCCAGAGUUCGUCGCCUGGCCGUAACCCAAUCCCCGACUGUCACACAGCACCACACUGCACCGUUAGUCCCGGCUGCGUCGACCAACGGGGUUACACCUGACCCGUCGAUCAACGGUGCGACACCUGGUCCCUCGACCUUUUCCCCAGCUCUGUGUGUGAUCUGUGGGGACACGGCCAGUGGAAGACAUUACGGUGUUAUCUCUUGCGAGGGUUGUAAAGGGUUUUUCAAACGAUCCGUGCGCAAACAGUUGCAGUUCACCUGUCGCGGUUCCGGUCACUGCCCGGUCGAUCGGAGCAAACGUACGCGCUGUCAGCAUUGUCGAUUGGAACAGUGCUUGUCCAAGGGAAUGAGACGUGAAGCUGUCCAGGAAGAACGCCACCGAUAUUUUCAAAAAGAGACCAAAGGUCGUUCUCAGCAACUAAAAGUUGAGCAUUCCAUCACUGUGUCUGUAGAUGGUCAUUCUACCAAAACGAAUGGACACACAUUGAGUCUUGUUGAGCAUGGCAAAUCCACUGUGAUCUGUUCGCCUCAGUCAUCCGAUCCCACUCCAGUAAUCGAGCGACAAUCAGGCAGAAAACAUCGCUCGAAUCGAGCCACGACAUCGACGACAUCUGUGAUUUGUUCCCCCACUGAACCUGCAGCGUCAACAAUCGUCCCUCCACCACUCAGUUUGACCAGUCUGUUAACGGCCGAGUUGAGCACGGAUGCCGAACUGCCCACAACAGCGACAGGUGAACGGGUCUAUGUGGAUAUCGGAGAGGAUGGGCUGGAUCCAUUGGUGGUAGUCUGUCACUCGGUCGAGGAGCAACUGACACGGCUCGUGUGUUGGGCUCGCCAGUUACCUGUCUUCUCACAGCCUUAUUUUUCUAAGGACGAUCAGCUGUGGCUUCUAAGAGCAGUCGNACAUGGGCUCGGUCCUCUGAUGGAUCGAUUUCUAUUGGAACUGGUGUCUCGAUUUCGUGAGAUGAACCUAGAACGAAUUGAGUUAGCUCUGUUACGAGCUAUUAUUCUGUUCAAUCCAGAUGCGAACAAUGUUUCGGCCCGUCCGCAUGUGGAAUCUGUUCGAGAAAGCCUGUAUGCAGGAUUGCAUUCGUACUGUACAACCACACAUCCGAACGACACCUCGCGAUUCACCAAACUCCUUCUUCGUUUGCCUCCGCUCCGAUCGAUCGCUCAGAAGUGUUUGGAACACUUGGUGUUUGUGAAACUGGCCGCCGAAGAUCCGUCCGCUCGACGUUUGAUAAACUUGGUGGAGCACGGCGUUUGGCCCAAUGAUAAUGGAGUUUUCUGUACCGAACAACAACAACAGCAACAUCACCAUCACCACGACCAACAACACCGACAUCAACAGCCGACAACAGGUGCACCACAUAAGCAACCGGCUGAACCAUCUACUUCUGCUGGUCCAAGUGAUUCGAGCACUUUCCCCCGAUGCGCUUGGCCUUCUCAGGGAAUUCGCAAUCAUCCGGUCCCGGGCACACUUCUGCCUCAUGUGACCACCGUAACUCAUCAUUCCUCUCCCCGGGACCCGUUGUGCCUCGGCGUGAACAAUGAUCGGUCAUCCCAGAUCAGCUCAAGAACGUUUGUCCCGAGCACUCACGGACGAGACAGUAGCAACGGAAACAGCACCAUUAAGCCUGAGGUGGAUGUACUAUCCCAACUAGCCCCAAAUAUCUACGGAAUGGAAUAA